AUGGGGUCCAACGAACCACAAGAUCCAUUCGCAGCCACAGCGUCUUUCGAAAUCUUCGAUAUACCGGACAGCCGCGUUGUCCACGACAAGGCAUUUCCUCUUGGAGUUAAAACGACGGAGGGAGCGACAUUCACAGACGUAGAUGCCGCAAUCAAGCAUCUCGAGCCCCUUAUAGAUGAGGGCAUAUUCAACACCCUCCUGACACAACAUGGAGCGAUAUUAUUCCGCGGGCUUCCCAUCCGCACUGCAGAAGAUCUAUCAAAAUUCACAGAGGCCUUCAAAUUCCCACAACCGCACCAGGAGGUCGGGCUGUCCGGGAAGAGAACCACUCUGGGAGGGAAUGUGAAGACGGCGAAUGAGGAGCCUCCCAAUGUCAAGUUCUACUAUCAUAAUGAGUACGGCCGGAGUGCGCACUUCCCGGGGAUUGUGUUCUUUUUUUCUCAGAAGGUUCCUGAGCAGGGUGGACAAACACCUCUUCUGUCAACGGUGGAGCUUUAUGAUAGGAUUCGAGAGGAGCUUCCGGAGUUUGUUGAUACGUUGAUUGAAAAGGGAAUAAUCGGCCGCCAAUACUACCCAGCAAAAGAAGACCCGGAAUCCCUAACCAUCGGCUGGAACUGGCAAGACUCGUACGGAUUCACCAUAAGCCAAGGCGACUCGCUCGCAACAAAACGGGAUAAAGUCGAACAAGUCCUGAAAACCCAUCUCCAAGCAGACGCCGAAUGGCAGCCCAACGGGGCCCUGCACGUCCUUCAGCGCCUCCCCGCUUUCAGACGAAUCGAAUCAACCGGCCAGAUUGUACCGUUUAAUGGUCUCGGCGGUGUCUAUGGCCGCCAGCGUGAUCGAAAGGCUCUUGCGCCGCCGUGGAAGGGUGUCGAUGGUGGGAUUCAUCUCCCGACUACGUAUGGCGAUGGGUCUGAGAUUCCGAGGGAGUAUUUGGAGAGACUGUUGCAGAUUUCGGAUGAGAUUGGGUUUCUUGUUCCCUGGGAGGAGGGGGAUGUGGCCUUGGUGGAUAAUUAUACUGUUCAGCAUGCGCGCUCGCCUUGGGUUGGGGAGAGGUCUUUGCUGGUUAGUCUGUGGGAUGGACAUGAGAAGUUCGUUUCUGUUUGA